CGAUGUCAAAAUACGUCAAAUCUAAGGCAAGAAAAGCCGGAGUAUCGUAGCGUUUUCAAUUAAACAAAUUGCAUUUAAACUAAAAAUGACGUCUCUUGCAUCUGUUAUUCCCAAACUUUAUCAAGAAUACACAACAAAAACUUCGAAAAAACUAAAAAUCGUUGAUGCGUAUUUAUUAUAUAUAUUUUUAACGGCAGUUAUACAGUUCGCUUAUUGCUGUCUUGUCGGCACAUUCCCAUUUAAUUCAUUUCUUAGUGGAUUUAUAUCUACAGUCAGCUGCUUCGUACUUGCAGUUUGCUUAAGGUUGCAAGUAAACCCAGAGAAUAAGAGUGAAUUCCUAGGAUUGAGCGCUGAACGAGGAUUUGCGGAUUUCAUAUUUGCACAUCUUGUGUUGCAUAUAGUGGUCAUAAACUUUAUUGGAUAAAAAAACAUAUUUAAUUGCAAUUACUUAUAUUACUUUUCAAAUACAUAUGUAAACCAGUCAAA